AGCUUUUAGUAAUGCGUUGCGUGCUGGGCCCACAUUCCAUGAAGAGGAUCUGUACAAGAGGCUUUAAGUCUUCAAGUGGCCUCAGGGAGGUGGUUAUUGUAAGCGCAGCCAGAACACCCUUUGGGAGCUUUAUGGGCCCGCUUAAAGACCUUCCUGCUACCAAACUGGGAAGUAUAACAAUAAGUUCAGCAGUAGAGCGUGCUGGGAUAACUCCGGAGCAGAUAGAGGAGGUGUACAUGGGUAAUGUCCUCUCAGCGGGGAUGGGACAAGCUCCCGCAAGACAAGCUGCGCUUGGAGCAGGAUGUCUGGACACGACCCCUUGUACUACUAUUAACAAAGUGUGUGCCUCUGGGAUGAAGAGUAUCAUGUUGGCAGCUCAAUCUAUCGCUUGUGGAGCUAGGGAUAUCAUGGUAGCUGGAGGUAUGGAGAGUAUGUCUAAUGUUCCAAUGUUUGAAAACAGAACUGCACCUGUUUACGGAAACAGAGUUGUAAAGGACGGUAUUCUGCACGACGGACUGACGGACGCGUACACACCCGGGCUACACAUGGGACAUUGCGGAGAGGACACAGCAAGUACCAUGUCCAUAUCACGUGACACACAGGAUGAGUAUACUGUGAGGAGUUACAACACUGCUGCAGCUGCUUAUCAGAGUGGAGUACUAAGAGCAGAAAUAGUGUCAGUCCCCACCCCAAACAGGAAGAACCCUGACCUUACGGUCACUGAUGACACUGAGUAUGCUAAUGUAAAGUUUGAUAAGAUCCCGACACUGAGGACAGUGUUUGACAAAGCAGGCACUAUUACAGCAGCAAACAGCAGUAAACUAUCAGAUGGGGCUGCUGCGUGUGUGCUCAUGUCACGUGAUAUGGCGGACAAACUGGGGCUGGAACCUCUAGCUAAGAUACUCACAAUGGCAGACAGUGCAGGACCCCCCAUAAAGUUCCCUAUCGCCCCUGUACGAGCUAUGGAGCUGUGUUUAGAGAACCUGGGUAUCAGUGUAGAGGAUCUCCAGAGAGUAGAGGUUAAUGAGGCUUUUGCUGUGGUUGCUGUAGCUUGCCAGCAGAUGUUGAACAUUCCUUCGGAGAUCUACAACCCUAACGGAGGAGCUAUUUCUCUUGGUCAUCCUAUUGGAGCUUCAGGAGCCCGACUGAUAGGCACGAUGGCACACACCAUGAAGUCAGGAGACAAGGGACUAACUGGUAUUUGUAAUGGCGGAGGAGGCGCGUCUGCUGUUAUCAUUGAGAAAUUUUAGAGGAGAGGAGAGGAGCUAGGACUGCUUCUAGUCUCUUCCAUAGCUGAGACUAGUGGUGAC